AUGGCGAAGAAUCAGAUUGUGGAGAUGAGGAAGGCUGGGAUGAAGUGUAAGGACAUUGCAGAAGUCUUCAAUGCUCCCUAUUCCACCAUUUCAACUAUCUUGAGUCAUUGGAAGGUCCAUGGAAGUGUGGAGUCGUUGAAAUCACAAUGUGGCAGAUCCAGGAAGUUGUCUGAGCGAGAUUUUCGAGUGUUAUGUCGUGCUGUCAGUUCAAAUAGAAGGCAUACUCUGGUAGAACUUGCAAACUUGGUGAAUGUUUCUCAAACUACUAUUCGACUCUACCUCCAUGAGCUUGGUUUUAGAAAUUGUAUAGUACCUAAAAAGCCCUAUUUGAAUGUCAAACAUAAAGCAGAUAGGCUUACAUUUGCACAUGCUUAUGAGAGUUGGACGUUUGAAGAUUGGUGUAAUAUAUUUUGGACGGAUGAGUCGUCAUUCGAAACUGGCAAAAAUCCACGGAUGCAAGCGGUGAUUGCAGCUGGGGGUGGUAGUACGAGAUGGUAG